AUGGCUGCUGCUGCUCGGACUCUUCGCAUUGGUCUCAUCCCCGGUGACGGUAUCGGACGGGAGGUCAUCCCGGCCGGUCGUCGUAUCCUGGAGUCUCUCCCUUCGUCUCUGAACUUGAAGUUCAGCUUCGUCGACCUGGAAGCUGGUUACGACACCUUCCAGCGUACCGGUACCGCCCUUCCCGACAAGACUGUCGACACCCUCAAGAAGGAGUGUGACGGUGCUCUCUUCGGUGCUGUCAGCUCCCCCUCUACCAAGGUCGCCGGCUACUCCUCCCCCAUCGUCGCUUUGCGCAAGAAGCUCGACCUGUAUGCCAAUGUCCGCCCCGUCAAGACCACCGCCGGCAGCAGCAACGGCAAGCCCAUUGACCUCGUCAUCGUCCGCGAGAACACGGAGGACCUCUACGUGAAGGAGGAGCAGACCAAGGAUACCCCCGAGGGUAAGGUCGCUGAGGCUAUCAAACGUAUCUCCGAGCGUGCCUCAUACCGCAUCUCCAACAUCGCCGGUGAGAUCGCCCUGCGCCGCCAGAACAUCCGCUCCACUGCGCCUGUUGCCUCCGGCCACACCCAGCCCAUGGUGACAAUCACCCACAAAUCCAACGUGCUCUCCCAGACAGACGGUCUGUUCCGUGAGACAGCCCGCCGCGCCCUCGCUGCUGAGAAGUUCUCUUCUAUCAACGUCGAGGAGCAGAUUGUUGACUCUAUGGUCUACAAGCUCUUCCGCCAGCCAGAGUACUACGAUGUCAUUGUUGCUCCUAACCUGUACGGUGACAUUCUGUCUGAUGGCGCUGCUGCCCUUGUUGGUAGCUUGGGUCUCGUCCCUAGUGCCAAUGUCGGUGAUGGCUUCGCUAUUGGUGAGCCUUGCCAUGGCUCUGCUCCUGAUAUCGAGGGCAAGGGUAUUGCCAACCCCAUUGCUACUCUGCGUAGUGUUGCGCUCAUGCUGGAGUUCCUUGGCGAGGAAGGUGCUGCUGCUAAGAUCUACGCCGCUGUUGACGGUAACCUGGAUGAGGCUCGUUUCCUUUCCCCUGAUAUGGGUGGUAACGCUACUACCAACCAGGUUCUUGAUGAUGUGCUGAAGCGUCUGUAA